CGCAGUACAAAAUAAAAUACGCAAAAAAUUCAUUUUCCGGAAAAAUUCACUAAAAAAGCGCAACAAGUUACACCUUUACGCGAUAAAAAGGUAUAAAUUGUUAGAGUAAUCGAUUUACAAGUGACUCCAAGUCGAAAAAAGGGGCGAAGUAAUGCAGAACGCAGCUGAUUUAGAAACAGCUGCCAGCGCUGAAGACCGGCUGAAAUUCUUAUAACCCGGUAAAAAAAAAGGGAGGACCCACCGAUACAGUAUUUCAAAGCACCCAAAUGUAAUCACUUUAAUUGAGAUUUGAUGAACAAAUGGCGGACGAAAUGGCCUCAAAGGAAUCCUUCCGCGAGCGGCAGACCCAGGAAUUGGAGGUUAUAAAAUCCAUUUUCGGUGGCGAUGUGGAAGACCUGAGACCUCAAGCGAAUCCUGCAUUGUGGAAACCUACGGACAUAAGGAUACAACUAACUCCUCUGAGAGACUCCUCCAAUGGACUGGAGGCCUAUGUAUGCACCAAGCUUCAUGUCACCUGUCCUUCAAAGUACCCGAAAUUGCCCCCCAAGAUAUCACUCGAGGAAUCGAAAGGCAUGUCGGAUCAGUUGCUGGAGACCCUACGCGACCUACUGCAGACCCAAUCCCAAGAGCUACGCGGUGAAGUUAUGAUCUACGAAUUAGCCCAGACCGUCCAAGCCUUUCUGCUUGAGCACAACAAGCCGCCCAAGGGCUCCUUCUACGAUCAGAUGCUGCAGGACAAGCAGAAACGCGACCAAGAGCUUCAAGACAUGCAACGGCAGCGGGAAUCCCUGCAACGGCAAACACUAAUAGACGAGGUGGAGCGACGAAAGGAGAUGUUCAAAACUGAGGCCAAAAGGCGGGGCGAACCGCGACGCAGCAUGAGCGAGUCCAAUCCCCGUCAUCCCAGCUCAUCGGAGAGCUCUGAAAACUCCUCUCCCUACUAUCGCGGUCACAUUUACCCUUCCAAAUGCCUUGACCACCGCAACACGGAGACGCUUUACUUCCACAAAAUGGGCCGGCAAAUUCAACGGGGAUGCUGUGUGGGGCAUUCUCAACGAGGAUGCAUCGCCUACACCGGCAUAGAUAUGCACUGCGGUCAAUUGCUCUACAUCACUGAAUGGAAUAUAAAGUACUGCCAAUUGGAGCAGCCAUGUAUCGGUGGAGGGAAAUGCCACUGGAGCAGCGAGUCAAAGUGUACGGGCAGUCAUCGUGUGGACGACGUGAUAGCUUCCAUUGAAAAGCAGGUGGCCUCGCUUGCCCAACUGCAGCAUAAAAACCUCGUCUCAUACGAGUGCGUGCUUUGCAUCAAGCGGAAAGAAGGUCUUCUCGUCUACUUGGUGCAGGACUUCCUCCUAGGCACCAGCGUGUUUAGCAUAUCGUCCUCAUUGGGUUGGUGCAUGGAUGGUGCCCGAAUGGUGGCCCGUGGCGUACUGGAUGCCCUUAUUUUCUUGCACAAUAAGGGCGUAUCCCACAGUCACCUGCUCGACAGUACCGUUUUCAUGGACAACGCGGGCAAUGUGCGCGUAUCGGACUUCUCUCUGGUUCCCAAUCUUCUGGAACUGCUCAGCGGAUCUGGGCAAAGCAGUAGCCGCGGGGAUUUGCCCGCUUUGGGUGUCUUGGUGGAGAGCUUGAUGCCCACAAAUAGCUAUGAAAUGCGCGAUUUUGUUGACAAAUGCAACUCUGAUCGCACACUCUCCGCAUCGGAGUUGCUGGAACAUCCAUUCCUGCGGUUUUAUGUGGACAAUGGGCAGCAGCAGGUGAUACCACUACCACAGCAACGGCAUCCUAACCCCAUCCAGCGAACGGGACCCGCCAUGCCAUACCAGAUACCUACACUGGCCCUAAGUCAAUCCCGCCUUCGAACCGAGUUUGAGGUGCUCAUGUACUUGGGAAAAGGCGCGUUUGGGGACGUGUUGAAGGUACGCAACAUUCUAGACAACCGAGAGUACGCCAUCAAGCGUAUACCACUUCCCGCGAGAAGUCGACAGCUGUACAAAAAGAUGACGCGCGAGGUAGAGCUCCUUUCACGGUUGAAUCAUGAGAACGUGGUUCGCUAUUUUAACAGUUGGAUUGAGAGUGUAGAUGACGCUGAUGCCGCGGAGAUGGACAAGUUGCUGGGUGGAGAGUGGUCACAGAGUCAGCAGGAGCUAAGUGUAAAACCCGCUAAGUCGCCUCAGCUUGGUCCUACAUUGGAGGAGGAUGAGGACGAGGAGGACAGCUCGUCCAGCAUGUGGAAUGGUUAUAUACCCAACAUUGACGAUUCAGAUUCCGAUGGCAUCGAAUUCGUAGACUCCAAUGGCAAGGUGGCUGUCUACGAUGAAGAGGAGGAGGACUCUACCAGAGGAAAGACCAACUCGCCAAGACCCCUGAUGCAGGUUAUGUAUAUCCAGAUGGAGUUCUGCGAGAAAUGCACACUUCGGACUGCCAUCGAUGACAAUCUCUUUGACGACACGGAGCGGCUAUGGCGACUGUUUAGAGAGAUUGCUGAAGGCCUAGCCCAUAUACACCAGCAGGGUAUUAUCCAUCGAGACCUUAAGCCAGUCAACAUUUUCUUGGACUCCCAUGAUCAGAUCAAGAUCGGUGACUUUGGCCUAGCUACCACUAGUUUCCUGGCCCUGCAGGCUCACGAAUACGCGGCACCUGUGCCUGUAAACCAAAUAACCAGUGCUGAGGACGGGACAGGCACCGGGAAGGUGGGCACAACACUUUACGUGGCCCCUGAACUGACAGGAAAUGCAUCAAAGUCCGUGUACAAUCAGAAGGUGGAUAUGUACACACUGGGUAUCAUUUUGUUUGAGAUGUGCCAACCGCCGUUCGACACGAGCAUGGAGAGGGCUCAGACCAUUAUGGCCCUGAGAAACGUGUCCAUCAAUAUACCGGAUACCAUGCUUAAGGAUCCAAAGUAUGAAAAGACAGUGAAGAUGCUUCAAUGGCUCCUCAACCACGACCCCUCUCAGAGGCCCACGGCCGAGGAACUGCUCACCUCAGACCUGGUUCCACCAGCCCAGUUGGAGGCUAACGAACUACAGGAGAUGCUGCGACACGCUCUUGCCAAUCCACAGAGCAAAGCCUAUAAAAACCUAGUUGCUCGCUGUCUUCAACAAGAGAGCGACGAGGUUCUGGAACACACCUACCACUUGGGCAGCAGUCGGGCUAUGAAAUCCUGGAACUCGGCCAUCAUAAUCGACGAUAUAGUGUCUCUAAAUCCCGUGAUUGAGUUUGUCAAGGCCAAAGUCGUGAACCUUUUUCGCAAACAUGGAGCCAUAGAGGUGGACUCUCCGCUCCUUUCCCCUCUUUCCGCAAGAAACAGCAGUGCCAAUGCAAACGCCAAUGCCGUUCACUUAAUGACCCACUCGGGAUGUGUGGUAGUGCUACCCUGCGAUCUGCGGACCCAGUUUGCCCGCCAUGUCACCAUGAACAGCGUAAAUCUCAUCAGGCGCUAUUGUGUGGACCGUGUUUAUCGAGAAGAGCGGGUGUUCAAUUUUCAUCCCAAGCAGAGCUACGACUGCUCAUUUGAUAUCAUUGCUCCCACAACUGGAAGCCACCUCAUGGAUGCAGAGUUGCUGUCACUGGCAUUUGAAAUCACCAGCGAACUCCCACGCUUACGGGAAAAGAAUUUGGCGAUCCGCAUGAAUCACACAAAUCUGUUGAGAGCCAUCCUCAUUUUCUGUAAUGUUCCAAAAGCCCAGUACGGAGCACUUUUUGAGGGCACCAUGGAUUUCAUAGAGUCUCGUAUUUCACGCUUCCAAUUUCACUCCAGUAUUACUGGGAUUAUGGAGAAGUCGCGAACCUCUGCUCAAACACUGAUGGACAUGUUGUUAGCCAACUUCUUACUGACUGGUUCAAGGAGCACGGUGGAUGAUUCGGCGUUAAAAUCCCUGAUGCGAGGAAAAGGCGAAGCGGCUUCGCUAGCGAGAGGUGCUUUGCGGGAACUUGAAACCGUUGUGGGAUUAGCUUACAGUCUGGGCGUAAAGUGUCCUAUUCACAUAUGGGCUGGUUUGCCCAUUAGCUUCGAUCGCGCCAGCAGCGGUGGAAUCGUGUGGCAGAUGACUGCUGACCUAAAACCCAAUCGUUCUAGUCAUCCCUCUGUUCUGGCGAUUGGUGAGAGAUACGAUUCCAUGCUGCACGAAUUCCAAAAGCAAGCGCAGAGUUUCAAUCCCACCAUGCCCACACGCGGAGUGCUUAGUGGAGCAGGCUUGACAUUUUCGUUGGACAAACUUGUAGCUGCAGUGGGUGUGGAGUAUGCAAAGGACUGCCGAGCCAUUGAUGUAGGCAUUUGCGUUUGUGGAACUCGUCCGCCCCUUAAGGAUGUGACUUACAUUAUGCGGCUGCUUUGGUCGGUUGGGAUCCGAUGUGGCAUUGUGGAAGCCGCCAGUGAACUGGGGGAUGAGGCGCAAGAUCUUUCUCGUCUUGGAGCUUUGCAUGUCAUUCUUGUGGCGGAAAAUGGAUCGUUAAGAGUGAGAUCUUUUGAGAGGGAACGUUUCCAGGAGCGCCACCUGACACGAACCGAACUCGUGGAGUUCAUCCAGAAACUGCUUCGAACUGAUGGGAUUAUUGGGGCCACCGUGGACAACUCAAGUCAGCUAUUCAGCGUGAGCACUGGUGACAAUAGGAGCAGUGGCGGAAGAGAGCGAGAACGCGGGGAGAACGGACUUAGCACCUCUGCCUCGAAUGCCAACAUCAAAAACAGCUAUAAUCAGCUGCCCAAUCUGCAGGUUACGUUCCUCACACACGACAAGCCCACUGCAAAUUACAAAAGGCGUCUGGAGAACCAGGUGACCCAGCAGAUGAGCUCUACAUUAUCACAGUUUCUAAAAAAGGAGACUUUUGUGGUGCUGGUCGUGGAGUUACCGCCGGCGGUCGUAAAUGCCAUUGUGGGAGCCAUUAAUCCCCGUGAGAUUCGCAAAAAAGAGACUGAACCGGAAAUAAACUUUGUGAUUGAGCGAUUUCCAAAAUACAAACGCUAUAUAUCCGAGAUAAACGACGAGGUUGUGGACUAUCUGAGCGAUGCCAAGACUCCAAUAGUGGCCUUGUACAGCAUUUCCGAUUCCUACUACCGCGUCAUCAUCUAGCCAACACCAAAUGUAAAGAUUCGGCGGUCCUACAUAGUAGAUCUCGCCAUUAGUAUAAGCUUCGAAUUGUCACAAAUAUUUUUGCCCAAAAUUCUACUUAAUUGGCUGUCUUCCGUGCCAUUUCAUAUUUUUCGAAUCAAAAUUCGUUUUAUAAGCUCACUUUAGUAUCAAAUGGAAUGUAUCCAAAAUGUAUGAGAUUUCCCGUUUGGAUCUAAUGAAAAUGACAAGCAACUAACCAGUUCCUUUGGAAAAGGAACGAGAUUCUGCCAAUUCAUUUAAAUACUUUGUUAAUGAGCAUAUUAGAUUAUAUAUAACUUGGUUAAAAGUGAGAACCAAUGCUGUUCGCACCUAAGUCAAAAGUAUAGUUAAAAACUUGAAAAAAAAUCCUUGUUCAAUUAUAGAAAUAUAUUUAGCA